UCUGUGGAGAGACGCACCUCAGUAUGUCAGUGGUUCUGCGUGCACAGCUCCUCCUCUGUCUCGUCUCUCUGUCAGCGAGGACCGGGCUCACCCGAUACAUCGAGCCUGUAACAUCAUGUCUCAGAGUCCGGAGGGCAGUUUCACCAUGGUGAUCCCACAUCAGCGCAGGAACUGCAGCUUCUCCAUCAUCUACCCGGUGGAGAUCCGACUGACAGAUCUCAGCUUGGGAGAGGCCAAAAUCAAUGAGAUCCGUCCGCUGAAGCAGAUGUGGUCGGGCUGUUCAGGAUCUGGAGACUAUGUGGAGCUGCUGGGAGGAAACGGGGUGGACACAUCAAAGAUGUUUCCUGUWGCUGACCUCUGUUUUUCCUCCAGUGGUCUCGCUCAGAUGAAAAUUGGAUGUGACAACUCGGUGGUGAGGCUGGUGUCCAGUGGGAACUACAUUAACCGUGUCACCUUCCAGUAUCGACUACUGGAGCAACACGAGCUUCCCAAAACCCGAGAAAACAGUCUGGACAACUUCUGCACUGUGGAGUGACACACACACACACACACACACACACACACACACACACACACACACACACACAC